GCGUCUCAUCCGCUGCAUCUGAAUCUGCUCCCACAAUUCAACAGGCAACAAAGGAAGAAAGGAAGAGGCCGUGAGCUACAAAGUGUUAGCCAGCCUACACAGAGAGAUGUCACCUUAUUGUGUCAUUCCGGUCGGAAAUAUAAACCCGCACGUUUAGGGAACAACCAAACUCGGCCACAUAAACGCGUUGUAGUUUCGUUUGGGAGCGGAGGCUGACUGGAGGGAAGGUAACGGUGGUGUUUUCGGCAGCAAACGUUAACAAAGCUAGCUGAUUCACUUAGGGAGCAAGCUAACAUUAGCUAAGCUAACAUUAGCCAACAGUCGUGAAGGAACAGCGUGUUGGACAAGACAACACCUCUGGGUUAUUUUACAAAGUAGGACACGCAGGAGUGACCGGCAUCAAAUGAAAGGUGGUGGAAGUGGAACUUGACCCAUCCAACUGAGUCACCAUUUUCCUGCACAUAAUGGGUUUGAUGGCUCCACUGUAUGCAUGACUUGUUUCGUGCAGCCUGAUGGGAGGACGCUGUGGAUAGUACUUUCAUCAGGAUACCAGGAGAGCCAACCCAUGCCCCCACUUUGGAGGGCCUGUCAGAAUGAAGAAGAUAAGCCUUAAGACCAUCCGCAAGUCCCUCAGCAUAAAGGGCAAAGAGGAGGGUGACUUUGUCAUGCUCCAGCAGCCCUCGGUGACUACAGAGUUUUCCAAGGAAGAGUCACUUUUUGGGGGCUGCUACACCAAAGAGCUUUCUGGCUGUGACCUUGGUGGUGAAGAGGACAAAGGAGGCCAGAAUAAGGGCCGCUCAAAGAGUGAGAGCCUGAUGGGAUCGCUAAAGAGGAGACUGUCUGCCAAGCAGAAGGCGAAAGUGAAAGGCAGCUCCUCCGCCAUAGGCUCAGUGGAUGAUGACGACACCUUCUCAUCCUCUUCUGUGCCCAUCAGCUUCAAUGAGGUGAAAGCCCAGAGACCCCUUAGAUCUGCGUCUCUGCGGAGCCACCAUUAUAGCCCCUCGCCAUGGCCUCUGCGGUCAGUAAACUCCGACGAGGCGUGUAUCAAGAUGGAGGUAAAAGUAAAGGCCAUGGUUCACUCUCCCAGCCCAAGUCCCAACUUAAACGGUGUCCGUAAAGAAUUUCAUGAUUUUCAAAUGGAAGGGCUCUUUCAGGACCAAGCAGAAUCCUUAAAGAAUCUCCAGCAGCCACAAAACGGGGAGCUGCAUCUAAAUAUUGAUGACAAUGACGUGCCUGUGGUGCUGGGGUUGACUCCCCAGGACUACAUCCAGUACACAAUGCCUUUAGAUGAGGGAAUGUAUCCAGAAGGGUCCCACUCAUUCUGCCUGGACAGCUCCUCUCCUAUGGAGGUGGUGACUGAGGCAGACAGUCGGACCCUCGACACAGACCAGGGUCAGGAGGAACAUGAACUGGUUAGUGGGAUGCCUCCGGAUCUCUUUAUGGAAACCUCAGUUAAUAGUCUUCUCAUCGGUUCCGCUGGUGUGAUGCUCCAAAGCUCUAGAGUAGAGGUUCAGCCUCCCCUCUCUCCACUCCUGCCGCCCAUGAUAAGUAACGGACAUAUUCCAAGGACUUUUUCAGGGUUCAGCUCGUCAGACAGCCAGGUAGCCGAGAGGGUAAGACACCACCUCAACUUUGACCCAAAUUCAGCUCCGGGGGUCAGUCGGGUGUACGACUCAGUCCAGAGCAGCGGGCCCAUGGUCGUCACCAGUCUGACAGAGGAGCUGAAGAAGCUGGCGAGGCAGGGCUGGUACUGGGGCCCCAUCACACGCUGGGAGGCAGAGGAAAAGCUGGUCAACUUGGCUGACGGUUCAUUCCUGGUCAGAGACAGCUCGGACGACAGGUACCUGCUCAGCCUGAGUUUCAGGUCACAGGGCAAAACCCUCCACACCCGCAUCGAGCACUCCAAUGGACGCUUCAGCUUCUAUGAGCAGCCCGAUGUGGAGGGACACACGUCCAUCGUCGACUUAAUCGAACACUCUAUCAAAGACUCAGAGAAUGGAGCUUUUUGCUAUUCCAGGUCUCGCUUACCAGGGUCUGCAACCUACCCUGUCAGACUAACCAACCCAGUAUCUCGGUUUAUGCAAGUGCGCUCCCUGCAGUAUCUUUGUCGCUUUGUUAUUAGACAGUACACGAGAAUAGACCUGAUCCAGAAACUGCCCUUACCUAACAAGAUGAAAGAUUAUCUGCAGGAGAAGCACUACUGAGGACACAGAGAUAGGACAGUGGUAGCAAUUUGCACUUUUGUGUUCAGUUAAGAGAUUUAAACAAGGUUUACAGACAACCACAGUUUUGAGAUGAUUGCUUCUGGUGGCUCUUGAUUUGUGUCCAGGUGACUUCGUCACCGUUCAGUCCUCCAUUCCACUGUUCUGGGUUUUUCUGCUCGUUUUAGGAGGCUCUUCUUCCAGAAACAUAGUCCAGCACAUAAUCUAUUGCAAAAAUGUAGAAGAGGUAUACAGCCAGGUUGUCUUAGUUGCAUGCAUUAAGUGCAGACGUUAGACAUGUGCAUUGGGAUGUACUGUAUGGUUAAGUGUAACAUCCAGCUGUUCAAGUAGGUCAGAUUCUUAAAACUUUGCCGUGUGUGUUGAAGUUGGGCCUGUAGGAAUGAAGAAAUUCCACUUUGAAUUUGAAAAAAAAAAAAAAAAAAAAAGAAUUAUCCACUAAAUUGUACAUUUUGAAGAUGUAAAAGUAUUGCUACAAUGAAGUUCUUAAAUCACAUGUUAACCUGUCUGCAGACUGAGCAGUUUUGAUCAUCUUUUGCAUUUUAGUACUCGUCAGACAGUGCAUUGUUAAAAUAUUUUCAGUAUGACCAAACUGAGAGGUAGAAUAUUCUGCAUCCAUACUUAUAGACCAAUUUGGAGUGGACGUCACUGUUACGUCACAGCUGUUGCGUGAGCAUCGUGGUGGCAGAAAAGCAGUUGAAACCAGAGAUAAACAGUUUAAACACUCAGAAUAAGAAUGUCUUGUGCCGUUGGAUGUCAGAAGAGCAAUACAAAAAAAAAAGAACCUUAAUUUUUAUAGAAAACUGUUGCCAGGGACGCCGUUUGAUGCUAAAUGGCUAAGACCUUUUAUAAUUGCUAGAAUUUGAUGUUAACAAAAAAUGAACAUAAUAUUCACAUAUGCAAUUCAUAGAGUCCUGCAGUUACAGCACGGAAUUAUAUUUGGGCUUAUAUUUACGUGCAUCUAGUGGCGACAGUAUUUACAUCUUUCUAAAUUGCAUUAAACAAUGAACAGAAGUUAAUACUAACUGAGCCGUGAAUUGCAGCUUGCUGUCAGUAUAUAGUUGUUUGAUUUGUUUGCUAGGCAGCACGCCUGUCCAUAUUAAACAAAAAUCAUGUGACAAUUCUAUUUAACAUCUUGGACGUGACAGCAGAGUACAAAACUAUAUGCAUUGAGAGAUGAGUUAUUCCUUUGGAUAGACUCUGGGUUUUUUCACAAGAUAUAUGAAGAUGUCCGACCACUGUAACUUUGUCCGUUGAGUUGGACCUUUGACCCAGUGACCUGACAGUCAGGAAACUUUACUCCAUUGCUCAGGGCUAGUUUGUCAGAGCAAGACCACAGACACAUACAUUCAUACAUUAUGAUCCCUGUGUAGUAGAAAAUAAAAUUAUAUCUCCAGUUAAUUACAAUCUCAAUAUUUAGGUUGCUGGAUCGCUCAGUAGAGGAGUGUGUGUUUGGCUUAUAUGAACUGAAUUACUGAUGUGGUGAAAGGUAAUUAAUGAUCAUAAGGAACUGUACAAACUCACAUUUGCCACGCAUGGAUUUGGCUUCUUGUCCUUGGCUAAUACUUGUGGAAAUGUUCCCAUAGAAUAUGAUUAAAUGUGGAAGUAACCUAACACACACUCCUGUACUGAGCAUCCAGCAGUGAUAACAGCCUAAAUAUCGAGAUUCUAAUUAACUGGAGACAAAACUUUAUUUUUCUGCUACACAUAGAUCAUAAACCCAUAGACAUAAAAAUGGCCCAUUGCAAUCAGUUGAGAAAUAUAAAUGUUACAGUCCUUGACGCGUUUUAUUUGGCGCGGUUACUGACACCACUACUGUCCCUUUCUGCCACCACGUCGUCUCUGCCCACAAAAUGCAUCAUUGCUGUUUACGAACGCUAAAAGGGUCUGUGCAAAUAGUCAAGCAUCAAGGCUUCAUCGUACAGCAAGUGAUGACCUAUGAUUUCAUGUUAACCAGAUUUUUGCUAAUUUACAAACUAAACAACUCACCCAGUGGUUGCAGUUUUUCUUCCUCAGGUAUCAUCAUCAUAUCACGUGACAGCUGACACACUACAGAUGCAUUUGUGCUUCACUAUGCUUUGACUAGUGCAGGUUUCAUCAUUUUAUGGAUAUGGAUGCGCGUCAGUCAAACAAAAGCUCUAACACUAAUAACCACAGCAUCGCAUCACUAACAGAUCUUAUAAAAUCAGCCAGAGUCACAAGGGUUAACCCGGUCCACUGCAUUAACAACAUUUAAUUGCAAAAGAUGUCCAAAAUGUGCCAGUCUGUGAGAAGCUCUAAACCGUUUGGUCACUGAGAGAAGUAACUUUAAAUAGUGUGGCUGCAUGUAGCCAUUAUAUAAUGUGCGAGCCUGAAGGUACUGAUUAUGCUGGAUUUUAAACGUGCUGUUUGUAGAAACAGCAUCGAGUCGAUGUAUAAACCUUUUCAAAGUAUGUAAGCAUUAAAUUGAAAUCUUUGUGCAUUAGGAAUGUUACAAAAACUGCACUGCAGCUCAGCCCUAACAACUGUGUCACUAUCUGUAACGCUUGUAUCUGCAUGUAGUAAAGGCUUUACGGCGGUCAAUUAAGGGCACUGUAGAGUUACACUAAAUGAGAGAGGAUGUCACGGUGUGAUGGCGAAAGAGCUUGGCUGUGUUGUAAAAGGCUGUUUAAUGCACAAUUGCAUUCACCUUAGGCUGUUUAUAAGUAGAGCAAAUUGCCCUCAGUUAACCCACAACUGAUAAACACACCUCCUAGUCAAUUGACCUGAAUCUGUACGUAGUGAUGGCUGAUUCUUAGUCUCUUAACGCCGGCAACGAGCUGGACCCAGAUCAAAAGAAUCCCAGAAAUGGUGCAAGCUUAGGUUGAGGGAUUUGGGAAAGCCAGGGUUAAGUCCUCCUCGCCAUCUUGGAGCGAUGCCAGGGUUUCAGCGUACGACAAAAGUUCCAUCACAGCUGCAUGGCAUCAUGAGUGUCAUUUGGGUUUCAAGGACAUUUAAAAAAAAAAAAAAAAAAAAAAAGAAGAAGCAGCA